AUGAAACAACAUUAUCAACGUCGACAUCAAGACCAUCAUCACUGGCGAUUACUUUACACCGGUCGACCUCUGCCCGACAUGUACAGCUGA